CAAAUAGUAUUUAAUCCUCACAACUUCAAAUUCUAUGCAUUACAUUCUUCAUACAAAUUUUUAGAUUCUUCAUACACAGAUCAAAAUUCCAAACCAAUGGGUCUAUCAAUCACCACUUCAGAUUUUAAAGAAACUGAAUUUCACUCUGAUCAUCAUAGAACUCACAAAAUAUUCCUCUUUACAAAUUAUAUUCUCUUAGGAGCAGCGUCAAGUUGCAUCUUCCUUACUCUCUCCCUCCGGUUAAUUCCGUCCCUCUACGGCGGCCUUCUUAUCCUCCUCCACGUGCUAACAAUCGCCGGUGCAGCUUUUAGCUGCACAGCGAUUGUUGCCUCAGCGGGUUCUAACAAGUGGUACGGUGUCCACAUGGUUGCUACAGUUUUAACGGCUAUAUUUCAAGGUUCUGCUUCGGUCCUUAUAUUUACAAGGACUUUGGAUUUAUUAGAAAAAUUUAAUUCUUAUGUUAGAGUAGAAGAUGGUGCAACGAUCUUGAAAUUGACCGGUGGAUUAUGCAUUUUGAUAUUUUGCUUGGAAUGGGUUGUUUUGCUAUUGGCAUUUGUCUUGAGGUACAAUGCUUUUGUGGAAGGAAAUGGGGGAGUUGAAGGUAGUUCAAGUUUUAGCAGCAAUUAUAAAGUUCAAGAUGAGGACUUGAAACAUUGGCCUUGUCCAUUCCAAGUCUAAAUUCAACUUAUUGUACAUGCCUAUUGAAUAUAUUUAUUCUUUACUUAUGUUUGAGGUCAAUGCUCAAAUUUUAUGAGUUUUAUGUAAUCACAUUCGUUAAUUUAUGGUU